CUGUUUGUCCAGCAGGACUCGGACGUCGGAAUCAAGGAAAAGGACGCGAACGAUGCUGAAAUCCACCCUUCGCCCCCAAGCCGCAAAGAAGACGAUCAUGAGCACGAGAAUGAUGGUGGUCGACCACCAGGGGCGCAAAUUGGAUGACGAUGACUCGGAUGAUGUGAUGGAGGUCAACCCCGAAACCCUCCCCGACAACCUCAAGUCCAAAUUUGCGGAGUUCAAGUUUGGCCACUUUACCCAGGCUGGCAGGCGACGUGCUGUCGAGAAGAAGGCCGAACAAGAGCCGACUAUGCAGGUAUUUCGGACGGAGACGUGGGCAGGGAACGAAGACGAAGACGAGGAUAUAGAGAUGAACCUUCAGCGAGUACUCGGCGUCAAAAGGGGGGACGCAGGCGGAAAGCAAACCCCGGAGACGGACGCAAUGCCUAUCUCCGCGGGAGGAAAUGAAAAAGGCGAUGAGCCGCGUCAAAAUCAGGGCAACAAAGUCAAGGCUUUCCGGCUAAAGCGGAAAACGGCCAAGGUAUAUUGGGAGCUGGAGUAUGACGAGAAAGGCUCAGGCGCUCAGAACGUGAACAUCACGGAUAAUUAG